AUGACACAGACCAACAUUCCAAAGCGGAUGGAGAGGGACAGUUUACUGUUUUCACUGGUGUGGCUGAUUCACUGUUUUUUUCUGUGGUCUUUUUUGCAGGUAUUUACCUCACAAUGUCCGUCUGAAUGUGUGUGUCCUGAAGAACCACCCAGGUGCCCUCUUGGAGUCUCGCAGGUGCUGGACGGAUGCGGCUGCUGCAAGGUGUGCGCAAGGCAGCUUAAUGAAGAUUGUAGCAUCAGCGAGCCAUGCGACCACAUCAAAGGACUAGAGUGUAAUUACGGCGCGCGCUUCAGCGCUGGCCACGGCAUAUGUCGAGCCAAGUUGGACGGGAGACCCUGCGAAUACAAUAGUAGGAUUUACCAAAAUGGAGAAACCUUCCAGCCCAACUGUAAGCACCAGUGUACGUGUAUUGAUGGAGCAGUGGGUUGCCUGCCGCUGUGCCCUCAGGAGCUGUCCCUGCCCCAGAUGGCAUGUGCCAAUCCGAGGCUGGUAAAAGUGCCAGGCAAGUGCUGUGAGGAGUGGGUCUGCGACUGGAAAGGCAAACCAAAGUCUGGGAAGAAACAAGCUGAAGAUGACCAGUCUGAAGACACUCUCACAAACAGGAAUGAGCUUGUGCCAAUUGUCAUGGGAGGAUUCAAAUCUCUACCAGCUUUCAGAGAAGAGCCUGUGGUUCGCAUGUUGGACGGCGGCAUGCGGUGCAUCUCUCACACGUCGCCAUGGUCACCCUGCUCAGCGACAUGCGGCACUGGAGUUUCUACGCGGCUCUCCAACAACAAUAAGGACUGCGCCAUGGUGGAAGAGUCUCGCAUCUGUGAAGUGCGGCCCUGCAGUCAGUCACCAGCCUCAAACAUAAAGAGAGGAAAGAAGUGCAUUCGCGUGGAGAAGGGUGAACAGCCUGAGAAGCUGACCUACAAUGGCUGCCGCAGUGUCAAGAAAUACUGGCCCAAGUACUGCGGUUCCUGUCUGGAUGGACGCUGUUGCAGUCCCCAGGAAACAAGGACCCUGCCUGUUCAGUUCCGCUGUGAGGACGGCGAGAUGUUCACGAAGAACGUGAUGAUGAUCCAGACGUGCAAGUGUGACCACAACUGUCCCCAUAGCAACCCCGUGUUCAAUCAGAUCUUCAGGCUCUCCAAUGACAUUCACAAGUUCACAGAUUGA